AUGUCCCUCGGACCAAUCCCCGACACCAUCACCGGCAGCUGCCUCUGCACAGCCCUCCGCUACAAAAUCACCUUUCCCCCUUCCCACGACUUUGCCGCAGCCAGUCGCCUCUGCCAGUGCACCCAAUGCCGCAAGCAGACAGGCGGCCUUUUUCUCGCCGUCUUCUUCGUCCCCGCCUCGGCCCUCACCUGGACGACGCCAACCGAGGCGCUCAAGACAUACUCCGCGACGCCGGAAGCGCAGCGCGGGUUCUGCGGAAGCUGCGGAUCGUUUCUGUACUGGAGGUCUGACGAGGGCAAGGUGAGCCUGUCUAUCGGGACGGUGGAUCCGCUGUACCUGUUCGGCGAGGGGGCGGCCGAGAAGGGCGGGGACGUGCCUGAGGGUGGCUUCGGCAAGGCACUCUGCAACGGUCUGGGGGGUACAGAGUGGUGCUUUAAUGAGGUGAAAGGGGUGACGGAUGAUAUGCCCUUGUUGCAUGCUGGGGAGCGAUAUCAGGAAGACUCGGAUGUGGUGGGCUAG